AUGGACAUACUUAAACUUUCUGCUUUAGCGUUCAUCCUUUACAUGCAGGUGCACAAUGCUGGAGCCAGUCCCAGUGAAGACGGGGAUAUCUGGACUGUGGAGAACCUGCAGGAGAAGCCACAGGUAACGGACGUAUUCCUGCGCUUUGCUGAUUUGAUGAAACGAUCCAAAUCUCAGCAUGGAUUAAUGGGCAGCAGUGCAGGAAAUACUCAACCUCUGCGACUUGGCAGGAGGAGAAACAAGGGGGAAAUCUUUGUUGGACUUAUGGGAAGAAGAUCUUUAAGUGGCGAAUUGCAAGAGCAACUGGAGAGACCGCAACUAUAACUUCAUGUAACUGCUCAUGCAAGCC